UUUUCGCUUGUUGCAAUAAAAUGAAUUUAAUGGCGCUUGAAAUUAAGCUGUAAUAUUAGAAUUAAAAGAUAUAUAAUUUUUGUUUACUGCCACUAUUGCAGAAUUUGCAAUAAAUAAACCGGUGAAGACAAAUUAUCAGAAAAAUGUCUUGUUAUUUUGGACUGUACUUUGGAAAUACAAAUAUGUGCCUUGCCAUGCACAAGGACUCAAAAACUGAGGUGCUUGCCAAUGCUGCUGGGUACAGAGUAACACCAUCUGUAAUUGCUUAUCUAGAUGAAUCUGAAAAGGUUGUUGGUCUAGAUGCGAAGCAAGCUAUGUUGAGGAAUCCUUCAAAUGCUGUAACAAAUAUUAAAGAUCUUAUAACUAAUAGUCCAGAACCUGAAUUAAAUAACUCAGAAUCAAAAGUACAACAAAAAGUGAACAGUAAAAAAAAUACUAAAAGUGAUUCUGAAAAGAAUGGCUGUAUUUCACAACAUGGAGUUUCAGAUUUCUUAGCCAUCCUUUUCUCAACUAUGAAAGAUAUUGCAUGCAGUCAUAGCCAUGAAGAUAGUUAUCCAACUGUUGUUACAGUUCCAUUGAAUUUUAGUGAAAGCCAAAGGCAACUAGUGAAGAAAGCUGCUAUUGAAGCAGGGUUUCAGUUAUUGAGGAUAAUUAGUGAACCAUCUGCUGCAGCUCUUGCCUACAAUAUAGGUCAAGAUACAAAUGAUACUUCCAGCAAAUGUUUAAUAUUUCGUAUGGGUGGCACAUCACUAAACGUUACAAUUUUGCAAGUUUCAAAUGGCAUGUAUUCAGUGCUCUCCUCGGUACAAAAGAAAAAUUUUGGUGGUCAUCAAGUCACAAAUUGCAUAGUUAAUUAUUGUGCAAGUGAAUUUCAAAGGCAAUAUAAAGUUGAUAUUAAAGAGAAUAAACGUUCUGUAAUGAAAUUACGUGCUGCUGCUGAACAUUAUAAACAUGUAGUACAUGGAUCUACAAGUGAGAAGUGUCAAGUUGAAUCUUUAUAUGAUGGAAUAGAUUUAAAUAUUACUAUAAGCAAAGCAAGGUUUGAUUCUCUGAUUCACAGUACUUUACAACAGUGUUUGGAACCUAUUCAUGAAGCUUUAAAUGCAGCCUCUUUAGUAGUUUCUGACAUUAAUAGUGUUAUUCUUUCUGGAGGUUGCUGUAAAAUUCCAAAACUACAGCAAUUAAUUUCAAACACAUUUUCUGCAGCUAAUAUCCUAUACAACAUAGUGCCAGAUGAAGUUAUUGCUGUAGGAGCUGCUAAACAGGCAACACUGGUAACUCAUUCUGUUGGCGAAGAAGAUUUCUAUGUAAAAUUAUUGUCUCAAGAUCUUUCUCUAAAGUUGACAGGUUUUUCAACGUCAGAUUCUUCAGAUGAGCUUUUAUUAUGCAGUAAAGGAACUCUUAUUCCCACCAUUAUCACACAGAGCUUCAGAGUAACACAAAAUUCUAAUUUGAAAGUGGAAAUUUUUGAAGGAAAUUCGGAAACAAGAGAAGAAAAUUCAAAACUCUUAGCUGUGUUAAAUAUGCCAAAUUUACCUGUGGGUGAUAUAUAUUUUUCAUUCCAUAUUCGAAGUGAUGGCUCUGUUUUUGCUUCUUGCAAAGACUGUGCUUCCAAAGAACUGGGAUCUGCUACUCUUGUUCCACCUCAAACUCAAGGAUGUUCAUAGUAUUUUAUGUUAUUUUAAAGUAUUUAUUUUUAAUAAAAUUUUAAAACACACA